AUGGACCGCCCUUUUUCGUCCCGGUUUCUCGACAAGACGCCCUCGAUACAGGCUUCCCGAUCAAUAUACUUGAAAACACUCGUCGGCGGGUGCUUCGCGAUGGUCCUUGUUAUGUUCUGUGUGUUCUCGAUAUAUUGGGGCGCGCUGUGGGAGAUUCCGGCGCACAAUCUGGGAGGUUGGGUCGUUGAUUUUGAUGGAUCGACGGUGGGGAAGGCGGUUGUGCGGGGCCUCACGGCGGCGGGUUCGUCGGAGAGUGACGUGACAUUCACGCAGGUUUCGGCGAGUGACUUUCCUGGAGGGUGGAAGGAGGUAGCUAAUAGGGUGGUGGAGCAGAAGACUUGGGUGGCUGUUGUUGUCCAAUCGAAUGCGACUGGCGCGUUAAACGCAGCGGUAUCAUCAGUGAAUUCCUCUUAUGAUGGCUCAGAGGCAAUAACGUUCUACAGCGUAGAGGCGAGGAACGAAAACGCGUACCGCUCAUUGAUACUGCCGUCUGUCGAACCUCUCCUAAUUGAUAUAUGCCAGGAAUAUGCACAACAAUUCGUGGCACAAAUGGCCUCGUCUUCAUCACUAUCCUCGAUAGCCAGUUCGGCGCCACAGAUUUUAACCGAGCCUAUAAGCUAUACUACGGACAACCUCGUACCAUUCGAUAUACCAGUUGCUAGCGCUAUCACAUUCGUUGGUCUAAUCUACCUACUGAUUCUAUCAUUCUUCAUCGUCAUGAUCGGAGCAUCUGCGCGAGAAGUAUCUGGCCUCGAAACCAAAUUAACCACUGGGUCCCUCAUUCGGGUUCGGCUCACCUCGGUGUUCAUUGCAUACUUUAUGAUCUCCCUGUUUUACUCUCUCCUUAGCAGAGCCUUCCAAGUCGACUUCUCACGCAAGUUUGGAGAGGCAGGCUUUGUCAUAUUCUGGAUGGUCAAUUUCGUCGGUAUGCUCUCGGUGGGACUCGCCCUCGAAGCGAUGAUAACGCUCCUUACGGUCCGAUUCGUGCCGUUCUUCCUGAUUCUGUGGAUUAUAUGUAAUGUAUCCGUAUGCUUCAUGCCCCUCGCUGUGCUUCCCAAUAUCUAUCGGUAUGGCUAUGCGAUGCCGUUUUACAAUGUCUCUGGCGCUAUGCGGACUAUAUUAUUCGGAACGAAGAACGAGUUGGGCCUGCAUUUUGGGAUCCUUAUCGCGUGGACGGUGAUUUCGAUGAUCACGCUUCCGACAUUCCAGUGGUUUAUGCGACGGAAGGCCGUGUCGGAGACGACAGCGUUGAGAGAAGAAGGGGAGAAGGGAGCGAGGCCUUAG